AAGAACCCGGAAGUGGAGUCCCUAACAGAGCAGCUUUGACGGUUUUGGGUUUUUUCAGAUAAAAACAUGCAGUUUAACUUCACGAAAGAGGUUUUACCGGACUCUGUCUGCACCGACUUUCAGAACUUGAACAAACUCAACGAGCAGCAAUUUCUUCGUCUGAUUGAAAUUCUGUUCCAGUUUCUGCUAGAGCCUAAAGAGACAGAGAGGUUCAUGCAGCAGCUUGGUGAGUUUGCAGGGCAACAUGGGAUGAGUGCUGGUCCUCUCAAGAACCUGAUGAAGAGCGUCCUCCUGGUACCACAGGGCGCCAUGAAGAAAAGCCUGACAGCCGAGCAGAUCAAAGAAGACCUGGUGUCAUUAGGGCUAAACGCGGACAAGGCGGCUCACUUUUCACAACAGUGGCGGGAUCACUCUGCAGUGCUGUGCAGACUUGCUGUGGGACAGACUCUGAUGGUCAACCAGCUGGUGGACAUGGAGUGGAAGUUCGGGGUGACUGUCGGCACCAGUGAAGUACAAAAAGUGGGCAACAUCUUUCUACAGUUGAAGCUGGUGGUCAGAAAGGGGAAUUCCACUGAGAACGUCUACAUGGAGUUGACACUCCCACAGUUUUACAACUUUCUACACGAGAUGGAGAGAGCCAAGGCCAGCAUGGAGUGUUUCAGCUGAGUGUGAGUGUGAGUGUGUGUGUGUGUGUGUGUGUGUGUGUGUGUGUGUGUGUGUGUGCGUGCGCGUGCGCGUGCGCGUGCGUGCAUAUAGCUGCAGGGCAGUGAGUGUGGAAUGUACCACGUCAUGUUUUGUGUCUUUGUGUGGCAAAAUGACUGAAGCUAGUCACACAAUUACAAUUGAUUUACUGACAGACAUUUGUAAUGAAAUAAUCUUAAAAUAAAAAAAUAGAAACACGCA